UAAUGUUUGAUUUUCCACGUAAAGUUCAAAUGCACUUCUAGUGCUAAAGCGAAAAGCGAGGGGCUUCAGUCUGAUCAGAAUACGCGAACCUCCGCCUUUCCUAAAGAUGCAGGAAACACCGGUGACGCAAUUCACAGCGCAGGUCCAGUAGAAAGCGCAGCAAAGGAAACAUGAAGGAAAUGUCCUGCGGUUUAUUUGUAAUUUCUGUGGCUAAUACUUGUCUUGCGCGAUACCGCCUUAUUGAACAGGAGGAGCUGCCUACUGAAGAAUGAUGAUUUUUCUGAAGACAUUUCCCUGUAACAUCUGCUUCGUGGUUUACUUUGUCUUCCCUUUGUCAUUGUUGGGAGUGACAGAUGGCCUAAGCAGUCUCUCCAGUGUUAGCGCGCAGCUGCAACAAGACUCCAAAGUGACAGAAAAUGCUGCGAGCAACAAUCGGACUGACCUCCUUGCUCGUCCGGAGCCGCCAGGAGGAGUUUCGGGAGAUGUCAUAAGCAGCACCGGGAGUUCUCACGACAACAGCCGCGCCACGCGAGGUGGGCUGUCCGUCACCUCUGAGAGCAGCAGGCCUCUGCCGAUCCAGAGGGCACUGUAUGCAUUGGUGGCUGCGAGUGCGGUGGUCAUUAUCUACUUUAUCAUUAGAACUGUCAGAAUGAGAAAGAAGUUCAAAAAGACCAGAAGAUAUGGAGUUCUAGACACAAACCUUGCCAUGGAAAUGACACCUCUGGAACAAGAUGACGAAGAAGAGGAUGACACUACAGUAUUUGAUGCUACACAUUCCAGAAGGUGAGGAAUUCUGAAUACAGCCGACUCUGGAAACAGAAUACUGAGUUUUCUGUGUUUGCUGACCUACUUGGAAUCUGAAGAAAUAAUUGAACUAUUAUUUUUGUAUCUUUAAUGUAAAUCAUUUUGUAUUGUUGUUUUAAAUUUUCAAAUUGUCAUAACCAUAUCUGUGAUUAGUUAUUAAAAUACCAGUGUAAAUGUGUUCAUACUGUUCUAGCAUUAGUGUUUUUUUUAUAUAUAUAUAACUUAUAUAAGAUACACAUGUUUACAUUUUGAUUUUGACUGAAAUUAAAACAGUUUUUCUUCACAUCGAAUGUGUGCUGUUUUGGAAUAAAAAUUAUUUAUGCAUAGUCAUGUUCUUGAAGUAGCAUCAGUUUAAAUAAUAUAUUAAUUUAUGUAAUAUAAACUGUCAUAAUAUUUGUAUUUAUUGUGCAUACUUUAUGUAUUUUAAGAAGUUUCCCUGAUAAAGGUGGGCACUUUCAGAAUAAUUAUUUAUUGAAUUUUGGCAGCUUCCAGUCCGUUAUUAGAUAUAUGGAUUCUGUUAAAUAUGUGUCAGGGUACAUCUUUCUAAGAGAUUAACCUGUUAUGAAUUUGAGCCAACACAUAACAUGAUCUCACUGUACACUAUAACUUAUAAAUUAUUAGAAUGCGUGUACUGGGUGGACACGUCAGCAAAUUUCCUACAGAAUGGACUAGGGUGCCAUAGGCUACAUAAUUUUUGUAAGUCUUUGUAUUCUCCUGUGUUCAGGUUAGGUAACAUGGCCGAGUGAAACUCCUACUGAAGAAUUUGAAAUUCUUAAUAUUUCGGUCCAUGUCUUUUAUUCAUCUUGAAAAUAAAGACUACUUUAAAUAUAACCACAAAAAGAAGGCAAAGCAGAAAUAAAAAGUAAAUGUAAAAUGGAGAAGUGCAUUUCGGAAAAAAACAAAUGAACUGCCUACAUUUGUAGUAAUUCCCAAUAUUAACCCAACAAUGUAAUGGAUUUUAAAUUUUACAUACAUCACUAAAGGCUGUGUUAAAAGGCUAUACGUCUUUUUUUUAUAUAUAUUUACAUGACAUUAUAUUUUACUGGAAAGGAUCUAAUCAUGGUUCAGAGCGUUGUGCGCAAUUUGUUGUUCUUCAUGUAAAUGUUACAAAAUAACCUUUAUUGUUUGAUAUGUGUGGGGCUUUUAUUUUGGACAGAAUGAUACAGAAUUUUUGCAGGCUUAUACAAACGCACAUGUACAAUAUAUUAUUCAAUAUUAGUCCUGCAUGUGAGAGAGAUGCCCUGCAGUUUUUAUACAAUAAUCAAUUUUUUUUUAUGUAUUUUUUUUGUUUGUCUAAUGGGGUAAUUGGUUUAAUAGAUGAGUGAUAACACAGUAUUGUGAACACUGUAAUGUCCUAAGACUAAUAAAAAUGCAACUUUCAUGUCAUGAAUUAAGUGUACCUUUUUCCAAAAAACUGCAUUUGUAUCAUACUGAUGAUUUUCAAAAUUAUGUAAAAAAAGAUUAGGUUCUUGGGAGGAAAACUGUAGAAAUAAUUUCUGUAUAUAUGUACAUUGUAAGAGAAAUAAUACUUAACCAUGAGGAAAAUGUAAUAAAUAUAAAUGAUCUAAUCAGACAAUAA